CCUUCUUUCCCCCCAAUGUAUUAUAUUUCCUUUUUGCUGCAGUUGUUUUUCUUUCUUUUUUGUAUUGUAGGAUCAGGAUACUCACCCCUUGAAGAUGAUGAAGAUGUGUAUGCACGCAAUAGAUAUAAAGAUACACCCUGGUGUUCUCCUAUCAAGGUGAAAAAUGGCUAUGCAAGUUGCAGAAGCCCUCAUGGAGGGUACUACAAAAAUGUCUUGGGGACAAAAUGUGACAUACGUUGUCAGAAAGGUUAUGAACUGCAUGGUCCUCAGCAGCUUAUGUGUCAGUCAGACAAACGCUGGUCUGGGAAAGUUUUGUGCAAACAAAAACGUUGCCCAACCCUUAUGAUGCCACCUAAUGGAGGGUUCAAAUGUUUAGAUGGUGCAUAUUAUAACUCCAGGUGUGAGUACUAUUGUUCACCAGGAUACCAGUUAAAAGGAGACCGCAUAGUACAGUGCAUGGAUAACAAAGUCUGGAGUGGAAGACCAGCUUCUUGUGUUGACACAGAGCCUCCUAGAAUUCAGUGUCCAAGUAUAAAGGAGAAAAUAGCAGAGCCCAAUAAAUUGACAGUCCGUGUAUUUUGGGACACCCCAGAGGGACGGGACACAGCUGAUGGCAUUUUGACAGAUGUUACUUUGAAAGGACAGCCACCAGGAUCAUAUUUUUCAGAAGGUGAUCACAAAAUUCAGUACACUGUGUUUGACAGAGCUGGGAAUAAGGGAACAUGCAAAUUCUUGGUCAAAGUCAAAGUCAGGCGCUGUGGGAAACUGAAUGCUCCAGAAAAUGGCUACAUAAAAUGUUCUGGUGAUGGCAAUAAUUAUGGAGCAACCUGUGAAUUUUCCUGCAUUGGUGGUUACGACAUGCAGGGAAGCCCAGCAAGAGUUUGCCAAUACAAUUUGGGCUGGUCAGGAAUGGAUCCAACUUGUACACCCAUGAGCAUUAAUGUCGGUGUAAGGACAGCAGCAGCCCUCUUGGAUCAGUUUUAUGAGAAACGAAGGCUGCUCAUCAUAUCAACUCCAACUGCAGCCAAUUAUUUUUAUAGACUGCAACUGGGAAUGCUGCAGCCAGCACUGUGUGGGCUUGAUCUCCGACAUGUUACAGUGAUUGAGUUGGUUGGGGUCUAUCCAGCACAGAUUGGAAGAAUAGGAUUAAGACUGAUGCCUCCUGCCCUUGCUUUGCAACUCAGGCUGUUACUUCGUAUUCCCCACUAUAACUUCAAUAUGGUGGUAGUUGACAAACAUGGUGUGGACAAAGAGCGAUAUCCUUUCCCAGCAACCCCUGCUGAGCUCUUUACUCUCAUUGACACUUUCCCUCUGAGAAAAGAUGAGAUAAAAUUACAAGCAGAAUCUGGCCAGUCUUGUCCUUGAUUCUGGAUCCCAGGCGUCCAGAUGCCGGUACUUUUGCUGUCUACCUUUUUCCAGUGCUAUGCAGAAUAUAGAAGUAUGGAAAUAAUUGUUGUACAGGUCUUUUUAAAUAUUUGUAUGAGUUUAGCCUUUUAUGAGUUGUGAAACAUCUUUUUCAUUUAUAUAUGGUGCCGCUUUAAUUUAGGAGUGUUAUUUUCCUCUAUGGAAAGUCUUGUGGACUUAUUGAAUUGCUUUAACUUUUCAGAAUAACUUCAAACAUUAUUUCACGUGUAAAUGUUUUCUUUUUACAGAUCUUUUAUUAAUAAAAAUAUUGUUUUGCUUUUUU